UGACAACAAACCCUUCACACCUCUCUAUAUCAGUUUCUCUUUCCUCUCUCAACCCUUUAAAUCUUCUCUGCCAUAUAAAUACAACCCUUUUCAAAUCCUUACCGCUCCGAAUUCAAUUUUUGUCGUUCAAUUCUCGUAUCGAUCGACAAAUCUUUGCUUCUCAAUCGGUUUUGCGUAAAAGAAAACCCUAGAUUUCCAUUCAUAAGGUCCGAUCUCUCGCAGCCGAUUGUUGAGCAGAUCUUCUAUUUCAUUAACAGUUUUCGAUUUUCUUGCACUCGAAACUGGACUUUGCACUGGAUGAGUUUUAAAACUGGAAUUUUAUUAGAUUCUUGACUUAAAAUCUUCUUUCUUAGUUACAAGUAUUCAAACCCACUGAUAUAUGUAUGUGUCUCUGUGUGUAUGUAUGUAUAUAUUCUAAAUCACUCGAUCUUGGAUCAUAUGCUGUUUUAUAUAUAACAUGUUUAAAUUCACGUGAUUUUUGAUUUUUUUUCUGGAAAGGGAAUACUUAUAAAAAAACCCUAGAUGGCAUCAUUGGUUUUGAGUUAAAGAAAACCCUAAAUGGUGGUACAAAACAAGAAUUGUGUCUCUGUUAUUGAUAGAAGUGUGUUGAAUUUGUUGUUGUGCUGAAUAGAAAGGAACGAUCUGAAUUGUGAGGGAAAAGGAAUCGAUGGCAGAUCAAGUCUUGGAAGUGAGCCAACCCGUCGAUCUCACCAAGCAUCCGUCUGGAAUCGUCCCUACACUACAAAACAUAGUAUCUACUGUCAACUUGGAUUGCAAGUUGGAUCUUAAGGCCAUUGCACUACAAGCUCGUAACGCUGAAUACAAUCCCAAGCGAUUUGCUGCGGUGAUCAUGAGGAUCAGAGAACCGAAAACGACCGCAUUAAUAUUUUCUUCUGGAAAAAUGGUUUGUACAGGUGCAAAAAGCGAGCACCAAUCAAAAUUGGCAGCACGAAAGUAUGCUCGAAUUAUUCAAAAGCUUGGUUUUCCAGCUAAGUUUAAGGAUUUCAAGAUCCAGAACAUUGUGGGCUCCUGUGAUGUUAAAUUUCCCAUUAGACUUGAAGGCCUUGCAUACUCCCAUUGUGCUUUUUCUAGUUAUGAACCAGAGUUGUUCCCUGGAUUGAUUUAUCGUAUGAAGCAACCAAAAAUUGUGCUACUUAUCUUUGUUUCUGGGAAAAUUGUUCUGACAGGAGCUAAGGUGCGAGAUGAAACGUAUCUUGCAUUUGAAAACAUAUACCCGGUGCUUACAGAGUUCAGGAAAAAUCAACAUUGAUUUUGAUGGGAAGUACAGCAGGAUUUAUGUGCUCACUUGGGGCGUUAACUGCUGACCAACUGUAAAUAUGUUGAAAGGAGAGGGUGCUCGUCGGCCCUUGGCCGUUUAAGAUACAUAUUAAAAGGACUAGAACAAUUUUUCCCUGAAUGUUAUCCCCAGUAACUUAGUUUACUGCUUGUAACAAAACUACAAUAUUUGUUGUUGUAGAGAUGAAUAAGAAAAACGUUCGAUUAUGGAUUGAUGGUUAA